UACCACGCGGUUGAAGAGUCCGGUUGGGUUACGGAGGUUGUGCUGAGUGAUGCCGGGAAAACUCCUAAGUGACACCGCCUUGGAAUCAGACACGACCAUGGGAAAAUUGGAGAUAUCGCGAAAGCAAAAUGAGAAGAAAGCUAAAAAAGAGAAGCCCAAAUCUAAUAAGACUGAGGAGUCAGCAGAAGAAAAAGAGGAUACUAUUUCUCCCAAAGUUAAAAAAGUGAAAAAGAAAGCAGAGCCUUCUGAAGUUGAAAUGAAUUCUCCUAAAUCUAAAAAGGUAAAAAAGAAAGAGGAGCAGUCCCACGAUGCCAUUGCUUCUCCUAAAAUCAAAAACCUGAAGAAGAAAAAGGAACUUGUUGAAAAUCAAGUUGUUUCUCCUAAAAUCAAAGGAGCAAUAAAAAGUGAGGAGCCUUCUGAAGACGAAGUGAGUGCUCCUAAGCCCAAGAAGAUGAAGAAAGAAAAGGAAAUGAAUGGAGAAAUGGGAGAGAAAAAGCCCAAACUGAAGAAUGGGCUCCCUCAUUCUGGAUCUGCCUCUAACUCCAAUGAAGCUACAAGUGAGGAAAUGAAUAGUGAGUUAGAACAGGAAAUACCAGUGGAACAAAAAGAAGGCGCUUUCUCUAAUUUUCCCAUAUCUGAAGUGACUAUUAAACUCCUUAAAGCCCGUGGGGUGAAUUUCCUGUUUCCCAUACAAGCGAAGACAUUUCACCAUGUCUAUAGUGGGAAGGAUUUAAUUGCACAGGCACGGACAGGAACUGGAAAGACAUUCUCCUUUGCCAUCCCUUUGAUUGAGAAACUUCAGGGAGAACUCCAAGACAGGAAGAGAGGCCGCCCCCCUCAGGUACUGGUUCUUGCACCUACAAGGGAGUUGGCGAGUCAAGUGAGCAGAGACUUCAGUGACAUCACAAAAAAGCUGGCAGUGGCCUGUUUUUAUGGUGGAACACCCUAUGGAGGUCAAAUUGAACGCAUGCGGAAUGGGAUUGAUAUCCUAGUUGGGACUCCGGGUCGAAUCAAAGACCACCUACAGAAUGGAAAGCUAGACCUCAGCAAACUUAAGCAUGUUGUCCUGGAUGAAGUUGACCAGAUGUUGGAUAUGGGUUUUGCUGAUCAAGUGGAAGAGAUUUUAAGUGUGGCAUACAAGAAAGAUUCAGAAGACAACCCCCAAACAUUGCUUUUUUCUGCAACUUGCCCUCAUUGGGUAUUUAAUGUUGCUAAGAAAUACAUGAGAUCUACAUAUGAGCAGGUGGACCUGAUUGGUAAAAAGACUCAGAAAACUGCAAUAACUGUGGAGCAUCUGGCUAUCAAGUGCCACUGGACUCACAGGGCAGCAGUCAUUGGGGACGUGAUCCGGGUGUAUAGUGGUUAUCACGGGCGAACGAUCGUCUUCUGUGAGACCAAGAAGGAAGCCCAGGAGCUGUCACAGAACGCAUCCAUAAAGCAGGAUGCCCAGUCAUUACAUGGAGACAUUCCACAGAAACAAAGGGAAAUCACCCUGAAAGGUUUUAGAAAUGGUGAUUUUGGAGUUUUGGUGGCAACCAAUGUUGCUGCACGUGGGUUAGACAUCCCUGAGGUCGAUCUGGUGGUACAAAGCUCUCCACCAAAGGAUGUGGAGUCCUACAUUCAUCGUUCUGGGCGAACGGGUAGAGCUGGAAGGACAGGUGUUUGCAUCUGUUUCUAUCAGUACAAGGAAGAGUAUCAGCUGGCACAAGUGGAGCAGAAAGCGGGAAUUAAAUUUAAACGAAUAGGUGUACCUUCUGCAACAGAAAUAAUAAAAGCUUCCAGCAAAGAUGCCAUCAGGUUUUUGGAUUCUGUGCCUCCCACUGCCGUUAGUCACUUCAAGCAGUCAGCUGAGAAACUGAUUGAGGAGAAGGGAGCCGUGGAAGCCCUCGCGGCAGCACUGGCCCACAUUUCAGGUGCCACGGCAGUAGACCAGCGCUCCUUGAUCAGCUUGGAUGUGGGCUUUGUGACCAUGAUCUUGAAGUGCUCGAUUGAAAUGUCAAACAUUAGCUAUGCUUGGAAAGAGCUUAAAGGGCAGCUGGGCGAAGAUAUUGAUUCCAAAGUGAAGGGAAUGGUCUUCCUCAAAGGAAAGCUGGGUGUUUGUUUUGAUGUCCCUACUGCAGCAGUAACAGAAAUACAGGAAAAAUGGCACGAUUCACGGCGCUGGCAGCUCUCUGUGGCCACCGAGCAGCCAGAGCUGGAGGGACCACGGGAAGGCUAUCGAGGCUCCAGGGGGCCACGGGAAGGCAACCGAGGUUUCAGGGGACAACGGGAAGGAAGCCGAGGAGGCUUUAGAGGACGGCGGGAAGGAAGCAGAGGUGGCUUUAGAGGACAGCGAUCAGGAGGUGGCAACAGAAAUAACAGAUUCCAAAACAGAGGCCAGAAGCGGAGUUUUAAUAAAGCGUUUAGUCAGUAA